AUGAGAAACUCCACAGAAAUAAGAGAGUUUAUCCUCCUGGGACUUUCAGAUGACCCCAAGCUUCAGGUGGUGAUCUUUGUCUUCUUGUUCAUCACCUACAUGCUCAGCAUCACUGGGAACCUGACCAUUAUCACCCUCACCCUUCUGGACCCCCACCUCCACACCCCAAUGUACUUUUUCCUCAGAAAUUUCUCCUUGUUAGAGGUUUCAUUCACAACAGUCAGUAUACCCAAGUUCCUUGGCACCAUCAUUACAGGAGAUAAAACCAUUCCCUUUAAUGAUUGCAUUGCUCAAUUAUUUUUUUUUAUUCUCUUGGGAGUCACUGAAUUUUACCUUCUAGCUGCCAUGUCCUAUGACCGUUAUAUUGCCAUCUGCAAACCCCUGCAUUACAGGACCAUCAUGAAUCGUAGAGUCUGCACUCUCCUUGUCUUUUCUUCGUGGCUACUUUCAUUCUUAAUCAUAUUCCCUGCCCUCAUGUUGCUCUUGAACCUUGAUUACUGUAGGUCUAAUAUUAUUGACCAUUUUACCUGUGAUUAUUUUCCCCUGCUGCAACUUUCUUGUUCAGACACAAAAUUCCUAGAGAUAAUGGGGUUUUCCUGUGCUGUGUUUACUCUCAUGUUCACUUUGGCAUUAAUAGUUGUGUCCUACAUGUAUAUCGUCCGAACAAUUUUGAGGAUUCCUUCUAGUAGUCAGAGGACAAAGGCCUUUUCCACAUGUUCAUCCCAUAUGAUUGUCAUUUCCAUCUCUUAUGGCAGCUGCAUAUUUAUGUAUAUUAAAUUCUCAGCAAAAGACAGAAUGUCUCUGAGCAAGGGAGUUGCUGUGCUAAACACCUCGGUAGCCCCCAUGCUGAACCCCUUCAUUUAUAGCCUGAGGAAUCAGCAAGUCAAGCGAGCCUUCGUGGACAUGGCAAGGAAGACUGUUUUUCACACGCAACUGAAAAAGUUGUGGUGUAUGAAUUAG